UGGUGUCUGGCUCUGCGACAAUCAACGCGCUUCACUCCUUUAUUUCUGAGAAAUUAACCUUCUCUGCACUCAGCUCACUAGCUCAGUUUGUGUCUCCUCCUUCACACACUGUACAUGAAUUUGAGUUCUCAUUCGAAGAUCUCUCCCUACCAAGAGAGAGAUAGAGAGAGAUAUUUCAGAUCUCAGGUAUAAGCUAAAGUUUCCUAGAUCUUUCCCUGGUUAUGGCACAAAGUAUCUUGGAAAUGGAGGAGGAGGUACAAAUAACAAUCUAAGAAAAAACAAAUGCAUUAACAAACAUGGCCUUAGUUCGUGGGGAGAGUGUAUCGGCUAAUUAAUAGCAAUGUGGUGUUCCAACGAGAGAGAGAAAGAGAGAAAGAGGUCCUUUAAGGUACUGUACUUGGAGAAGAGGAAGAGAAAUUUCACCCUGGUACUUGCUCAAGAAGCUUUUUAAAUGGAGGGUCGUAUAGAUGCUGAUGCACCUUUAGAUUAUGCUGAAAUUCAGAUUUUGCCUAUUCAACACAGGCUCAGAGGUGGGGGUGGUAGUUACGAGGUAUUUAUUUACAGCAACAAAAAAGUGGAAAAACUAGCAACUGGGCUUCUUGAACAACUGUUGCCACAUAUUCCCAAAGUAAAUGACCUGUAUGCUAAAGAAUCUGAUGGUAGCUUCAAAAUUCAACUACCGGGAAACCUCAGUGGUGCUGCAUGGUUCACAAAAUCAGUUUUAAGCAGGUUCCUACAUAUUGUUCGUUCACCAGAUCUAAUGGAUGCCAUUGAUGCCAUCGAAGAUGAGAUGUUUCAAUUGAAGGAAGCCAAAAAAUUUCAUCUCUCUUUAUAUGGCAAGGACCGUGACAAUCAAUUUGGAAGUUCGGAAGCAGAUAGCUGCAACUCGAUUGAUGUGACACCAAGCAACAAACCUGACGGCGAGAUUGCAUCAACGGAUGUUUCAAAAAAUGAACUGUUGCGAGCUAUGGACUUAAGGUUCACAGCAUUAAGAAGGGACUUGGUUGCGGCUUUUGACAAGGCUGUUGGUUUCAACUGCUCCUCUAAAGAAAUCAGUGAUUUAGUACAUUUCUCUCAACAUUUUGGAGCUUCAGCUUUAAAAAAUUCGUUGUGCAAAUUUUUGGAACUGAACCAAGAGAGCCAGAGUGCUGAUGCUCUAAAUGAUGAUGAGGCCUCAUCAAAAUGCAAUCCAAAGAAUGAAAAUGUAAAUGAGACAGAUACAAAUAGUUGGAUAUCAAAACCAGAACAUCCAAUUAUACCAGUAAAAUAUGGUGUUUCACCUGCUAAGGUUGCCCAGGUUGAGCGGGAGAGCUUAACAGAGAGCGAGGACGAGUUUUCCGACCCAAGUGCUGGGGAUCAAACAUCUGCAGAAAGAAGUCGAACUCUUAUAAGAUCCGCAUCUCCUAGACGGUCAGCAUCUCCAAUGCGGAGAAUUCAAAUAGGGAGAACUGGAUCAAGGAGGGCUGCGGCCUUAACAAUUAAGAGCCUCAACUAUGUUCCUACUAGAGAAAGGGCAUUGUCUCAUAGAGAUGUAGCUGCAAACAACGGUGAAGAUGAAAGAUUUGAACAGCCUAGUAAGAAACCUGAGAUCAAUAUUCAGAGGAUGAGUGUUCAAGACGCAAUAAACCUUUUUGAAAGCAAACAGAGGGAUCAUGCAACAGAAAUUCAGAAACGGAGGUCAUUAACAAAUAUCUCUACCUGUGCAAACAAAUCUGUAUUGAGAAGAUGGAGUGCAGGUAUAGGUGAAGAAGUUUCCUCUCAAGGUCAGCUAGAAAUUGUUUCUGAAGACUCUGUUCCAGAGACUUCCAACAAUCUUGUUGAGACAGGUGAAGUUGAUGUAGAAUUUGAUAAGGGGGAAGAAAAAGCAUAUAAUCCAAUAUAUACUCAGGCAGACAUGAAUGAUUUUCAAACAGAUGCUAAAGAAAUCCAAGGAGAGGAAUUUAUUAGAAAAUCAACAACCUCGGAUGAAUGGAAUCGACAAAAGGAAGUGGAUUUGAACCAGAUGAUGAUGGAAGUAAUGGACAGUAAGCCUGUUAGACGUAGCAAGCCUCAAACUAGUAGAAAUAAAAAGUUCUCAUCUGAGCAGAGAGGUGGGUUUUAUGACCACUAUAAGGAGAAGAGGGAUGAAAAACUUCGAGGAGAGAAUGCUAGAAAGCGAGCAGAGAAAGAAGCAGAAUUUAGAGCAAUGCAACAAAUUCUUAGUGAGAGAAAAGCAGAAAUAGCCUUUGCAAAGGGGAAUGAUGUUGGUAGAAAAGAUGCUGUGCGCAAUCCCCAAAAAUCACAUAAAAGUUCAUCUCAACCUGUAAAUGCCAAAAAGGAAAUCUCAAAGCCAUGUGUCACAAAGAAGGUUUCAUCUAAAACACCACCCUUGCCUGCUACACGUAAAUCGUGGCCAUCAACACCAUCACCCAGAACCAUAGGGACAUCACCAGGUAAAACUCCUGGUGGCAUAUACUCUGCUGGUACUAAGUCAGCACAUCAGAAAUCUCAUCCAGUACCGUUACUUCCUCAACCGAGCCCUAAAGUGGAAAAGUCCCAGCAGCGACUGAGAAAUUUAAAUGAUACACGGAGUGAUCAUGACAGGAGAGUGAAGGUUGUGAAUGAGAAAAAGCAGGAAAGAGUGCCAAACUCAAGCAAAACAAUCAAAACAAAAGUGGUGAAAGCUUCUGGAGAUUGUUCUGGUAUAGUUCCGACAAAGCCUAGUUUCUAUAACAAAGUGACAAAAAAAAGCAGCAUAGUCCCACUGGAAUCAAAACCAUUUCUUCGUAAGGGUUCUCGGAGUACCUCUGCUGCCGCUCCUGUUAAUAAGAAAAAGAAUUCUCCUCAGGCAGAGGAAUCUAUGAUAAACUGCAAAAAUUUGAUGAAAGCACAAGAAAGUGAGGUAAGUGUUAAUGCUUCUGACCUGGUCAGUCAGCAUCGGGAGGGAAAUAUGGUAUCACUGGAUCUUCAUGAUGCUGCUAUACAAUCAGAAACUCAGAUAAAUAGCCACUGGCAAUGUGGUGAGACUGAGAACUUUGACCAAGUUGCUGCUCAGAUUGUUAAUGACUUCAACAAUAAGGCAGAGUCUUCUUUGAAACUCCAAGUUGAAGAAGAAUCUACCAUUUCCCCCACUGCCUGGGUGGAAAUAGAAGAGCAUCAGGAACUGCCCCUUCCAUGUGAUGUCAGCACAUCUCAACUUGCAUCUCCAGUCAAUGUUCCAGCUGUUGGAUUGUCAAAUUUACGUGUUCGUCAUUCUCUGUCCCAGAUGCUGCAAGAAGAAAGUAGUGAACCUGAUAUUAUGGAAUGGGGAAUUGCUGAAAAUCCUCCUGUCAUGGUCUGCCAAAAAGAUGCACCGAAAGGAUUAAAGAGGCUCUUGAAGUUUGCUCGGAAGAGCAAGGGGGAUGCAAAUAUUACUGGUUGGUCUAGCCCAUCUGUCUUUUCUGAAGGAGAGGAUGAUGCUGAGGAAUCUAAAUCUUUUACUAAGAGAAACGCUGACAAUUUUCUUAGAAAGGCUGCUCUUCAAGCAAAGAAUUUUACCCAGCAAAAGACUUCAUCAUGUGAAAGCUAUGAAAGAAAUUCUGAUGCUCAUGGACUACUCCCUGCUCAAUCAAAUUUGAGCACAUUUACCGACCACCUUCCUCCUCACAAGUUGCAAGAAAGUGGUGACUCAGUUGUGGUUCCAACUAAAGCUACAAGGUCGUUCUUCUCCCUUUCAGCAUUUAGGGGCAGUAAACUGAAUGAGACAAAGCAUCGAUCUUAAGAGCUUUGGACCUCCCCAAGUUGCCACUUCAAGGUCCGGUUCUGACCCCCACCGAGGCAUACGUUUAAUCCUCUGGGCAGGUAACACUCGCCCUGAAAAUUGUGUGGAAAUUCCUCCUGUCUAAUUAGAUUGUUGUUGGUGGUGAUAAGAGCUAUGGCGUUGAUUCGGCCUAUCUGUCAGGUUUGAACUCGUCAUGACCAGGGGAAAACUAGGAUAUUUGUGGAUAUUUAGUAUUGGUUUUGGAAGGUAACAAUUUGAUUUCAUGGUCCUUGCAUGCGCAAAGACUAUAGUGUCUCUCAAAUCAACUGCAAAAUGCUUGGAUAAGGAUGAUGGUGAUUAUUGUUAUUAUUUUCCAGGUAAAAAGGCCAGAACCUCAUUAGAAUGCGCUCUGCUUGUACUUCAAUGUUACCUUAAAAAUGAAAAUGUUGAUGACUCCACCUGGAAUAUGUAACAGCAAAACCAAGGUAUAUCUUUCCAUCAGGGCUAUUAUCCUUGAUGAUGAUCCUAAAAGUGUUAAAAAUGAAAGAGAAAACCUUCAAUCCGGUCCAUCUUUAAAACACCACUUUUCUAGCAUUCAAUAAGAAUUUGACACCUCACUUAAAAACACCAAAAUACACUAGAGACGAACUCCGAAUCAUCACUCUUCUCAUUUCCUUGAUUCCUUCUAACCCACCAACCUGUAAACCACCCCACCUCUCCUGCCAAACUCCGCCGCCGGAAUCCAUGGAGCAGCCUUCGGUGUACACCGAAGGCUACCACUGGAAUCCGUUAGUUUAAGGUAGAUGAGAACCGAGAGAGGGUCUGUGAUGGUUGAUGGGUGAUGGAUUGAUGGGUGAUGGAGAAGAGAAUGACAUCGGCUGUGAGUGAGGCUGAAAGUGGAGGCAAAAAAAUUCAAGCAAGGUACGAAUUUUCCUUUGAUUCUCUCGAUUUGGGAAUUUUGAUUUAGGGUUUGAAUUUAUGUGGGUUUUGUUGAUUGGGUUUUUCUUGGGCUGUUGAUCAUUGUUGUUGAGAUGGGGUUCAAUGGCCAUUAGAGCUUCCAAAUCUGGGUUUGCAUAAGUUUUGGAGUGAAUAAGUGAAGGAUGAAGAGGUAAGUAGUGAAAUUAUUGUUGGGUUUCACCAUUGUUGUCUGCAAGUAGAGAGAGAGAAACUGGACCUGCAACACGCAACCAAGGGGUAGUGACCCUUGCUCUGAUCUAGCCAAACUAGUGGUGGGUUGGCCGUGGUGGAGGUUGAACUCAGCCAGCGUGGUGAAGGUGGAGCCGACCGCCGCAGUCGCCAGUGUCCGAGAAUGGGUUGUGAGUGCCCGAAGGGAAGGGAUGAAAGUGCCAAAUUUGUUGAUGGAUUGGCUGCUUUCGUUUCUAUUCUAUCUGUUGUGUUUAGGUGAUGUGCUAAAAUUUUAUUGGAGGUUGUAAAAGUGGUGUUUUAUAGAUGGACUGGAUAGAAGGGGCUCUCAAAAUGAAAAUGUCAAUGACUCGACACGAGAGCAUGACUAGCCAUUGAAUACUAAUGCCAUGUCAUGUAAUAGGUUGGUUGGGGCGCAGAGGACGCGCUCGUGGGUAUUGGGAUUUUCAUGUGCCUAGGUUAGGGUUUAGAUGUCGAUGCACUAUAAAUAUGUGCUGUGUAACAAUAUUCAUUGGAUUUUGACAAUAGUAAAUUUGCAUUCUCUUGUGGGUGUAGGCACGCUGCUGAGCUGCACAAAAUCUAUGUGUUUGAUUUA